AUGACCAGCAUCCUCGCGACUCCGCCCCCGACGUGCAGCGACUCGCAAUCGAUCGCCAUCUUCGGCUACGGGUCCCUCCUCUUCAAACCACCACCAUACGACCUCGAAUCGGAAGCAGGGUAUAUCAAAGGCUUCAAGCGGAGGUUCGCGCAGGAUUCACACGAUCAUCGCGGGACACCGGAGAACCCGGGUCGAGGUUCGUCGCCGAGUCGCGGAGACGGCUUCUGCUUCGUCCAGAGUUAGCUGCUUAAGUCUUUCUGCACUUUUUGGACCCCAGUGGUCACUUUGGUCACCGAAGAGGACUGGGAACUGCAUCGAAGGGUGAGACAGCUCGGGUGCUGUGAGCACUCCAAGAUCGGGCCCAGUGCCAACAGUUUGUAUCGGUCACGUGAGGGAAACUAUUGCUGACGAUGCGCUUUAACACAUCGGUUAUCACACCAAAGGACGAGCCCGCAGAAUCAGGUCAUGUAUGGGGUCAGUGACAUCAGACCUUUGAUCCUAUGCCCGAAACCUUGUCGCCAAAUACCCGCUCUCCUCCUCGGAACAGGUCGAGUCUACCGGAUACCACCGUCCCAAGCGACCGAGAUUUGGGCCUACUUAGACCAUCGUGAGAAGGAUGGAUACACACAACGCCGAGUUGAUGUAUACGGGCUCGACGCUCAAGGACAGGAAGUCGUUAUCGAGCACAGUGUGGGUCGGCUCUGAGGCAUCGAUCAGGUUUCAGUGAUCGGUUCGCUCGCUGAUGAUCAGGUUCUUUGGUGUGGAGACAGUGUCGAGUCUACGUUGGAGAACUCGACAAUCCCUCUUUUGCAGGAGGGACACCGAUGCGAGAAUUGGCCCGGAAGAUAGCUACUGCGCACGGGCCAAGUGGGCCGAAUAAAGUACGUCGAGCAAGUCCGAUCCUUUCCUCGCUUCCUCCGGGCGACUAAGACUGAUCACUCUCGUCCAAACUCGAUUUCUCUGUAGGAAUACCUCUACCUGAUGACGCGAGUCGUCCGGGAACUUGGUCCCGACGCAAAGGACGAGUAUUUACACCAACUUGAGGGGCUAGUUCACGAGAUCGAUCCGGACUGGAAGAUCGGCGAAGCUUAG